CGAGGGAAAAGAGGGAGGAGAGGUUGGCUCUGCGGCUGCUGAUUGGCGGAGGAGAUUGCGCCUGAAAACCGUGAGGUGUAGUGAGGCCUCAAAAUGUACUUAAAAAGCUUGAGGUACCAACUGUACUUCGCCCAGCAUAAGAAGAGUAAAUAUCAGUCGCAGGACCAAAAAGCUUUGGCGGCGGUGGCUUGUUGAGGGCGGGGGAAGGCUGGAACGGUAACUUUUAUUUAUACGCUGCUGGGGGUGGUGGUGGUGGAAUAAUUUGGGAUCUGUUCCGUAUUCCUGGGAAGGAUUUGCAGAUGCCUGGAGUUUUUCUUGCCAUCUCCUCAGACAGAACCCUUGCAGGAACACUGCUGCAGAACUUGACACAAAUACCCUCUGGAACGGCAAUUCUGCUACAACGGAGACUGCAAGGACAGAGUACUCCAUACAGGAUUGGAGCCAAAGCACACGGAGCAGAAAAAAAUCAGUAGUCACUGGAGACAGACUGCCAAUGCAACUCAUUACAUUGGGUGGGGAACCAGGUACCCACUGAAUGUUCACAGUGGAAAGGAUGCUACUUACCAUCACCAGUACCAUGCAGAACACCAGGUCUACAGCAGCAGCAGCCAAUGGGAAACCAGUGUUCCUGUGUGGGGUUGCUGGCUUAUCUCUCUGGACUCCUUUGCCUCUGAGCAUCACAGGCAGAAAUGCAGUGCAGACUACUGGAGAGCUAAAUUCACAUAACAGAUGUGAAAACAAUAACUUGGGAAGAUGCACGACUGAAGGAAAACUUCGGUUUGGUGAGGAUGAACAAGACAAGGUUUUGGAUGUGAGUUACAACACCAUAUAUCCUGAUGCUUACAUGGAAAAUAUGACAUAUCAGAAUGGCUGUGGAAAUGGCACCUCUGUUACUUGUACAGUGAUGGAUGAUAAAGAAUCAAGGCACAGCAAUACCUCCUUAUGUCACAAUGACGGGUGCGACACAAGUAGCAGCUAUGAAAAUGAAGGUCAGGAUGAUAAAGCUAACCCUUCCAAACUCAUGCGCUUUUUCUCCACUCCUCGGAAAAGAUCCAGCUCCAACGUGGAAAGGCCUCGCUCUCUGAUAGUUAUGGGGAACCCCUCGACGUGGAAUGCUCUGUCUUCCAUUAGGAAAAUGGGAUCUUUCAAGAAGUUAAAAUCCUCAGUUCUCCAAGGAAUCCCAGCCAAGGAAGACUUGGACAACUUAAAUGACAACAUGCUGGAGAACAAUAUGAGAAACAGUGCCCCUAACAGCACAGUGGUGAGGGUUCAUACAAACAGAUAUUCUUUUUCAGGGCCCCUACAUGACUUGCAUAGCACAACAGACAAUACUUUUGUUUCUGAUCAUUCUGAUGGGGAGGAAGGUGAUGAUUCCUUCCUGAGAAACACUCGCAGGUCACGGAGCAUCAGGCGUGCUUAUGGGAUUGGACGUAUAAAUUUAUUAGACACUGACAAGAUUCAGAAUCAUCAGGACGCUAUUAAAACAGUAUCUCCUGUCAUACAGGAAUCCCAGAUUUGUGAAAUAGUAGUGAAAGAUUCUGAAAGCAGCAAAGUCAUCUACAGGAGGAGCAAGAGCACAGAUAACCUGAACUUUCUGAAGAAGAGUUCCUUCAAAAGGAAGUCGACCUCAAACCUCACUGACCACAAAGUUGUGAACGAAAAGCAAACUCCACAGAGGACCACAAGUACUUCUUCAACUGACUCUGACAAAACGAGCAGGAACUCGGAGCGGAGAUCAAAACGCUGGCAGAGCCCAAUCAGGGCUAAGGAUUUUGACAGAGUUUUGAAACUUGUUAGCAAUGUUGCUGAAGUUGCGUUGAAGAAAGACAGUCCUAAGAACGAAAUCCUGUCCUUCAAUGAGCAGAACCAGAAGACAAGACCAAACAGUCAGCUACAUGAUGAUUACUCACGUAGGGUUUCCAGCAGCACUGAGAAUGACAGGCGGAGGUGUGCCCCUCCCAGGAGUAGCCCAGAUUCUACUGUUUCCAGAUCGAGUGUCCAGAGUUCUGAGGAUGGCAAUGCUGGAACGAGUACAUUAACCCUUGAAGCUAGUGGCCACAGGAUGUUGUCUUGUGACCUCCCUGAUUCAGUUUGUUCACCACUUCCGCUUAAGGACAUUGGCCUAAUCCCCAAUGAAGUGUUUUAUGAAGACUCUGAUGGGCCAAAAAGUUCCAGCCAGUUUACAUGCAGCAGCAGUGAGCAUCUUACCAUCCCUGCGAGACCUGCCGCCCCCAAGCCUCAGAGCCCUAGUGCUGAAAACAUCAAGUGCAAUAUGGAUUUCCAUGGUCCGGACCGCCACAGCACCUUGUCACUCAGCUCAAUGGAAAGUGAGGGAAGAGGGGAGGGGCCUUCUGCUAAGCUGGGGAAGAGCCCUGUUUGUUUCCAGGAUACUGUACAGGCUGUCCUCUUUGAUGAUACGAAUGAAGACAGUGGCAUUAGCAGCCACUCUCAGCUGAGUCUCAAUUUAGCUCCAAGUGCUGAUGAAAAGGAGGAGGUUGUUACUGAUGAUCACUGGAAGAAACCCCCAUACCAGGAUGAAGAAAGAACAGAUACUCAAAAGGUCACACCCAGAAGAUGGGGAUCUGUUAAAAGGUCUCGUCCUCGGCCCCUCUCAGAUUAUGGCCAGUUGGCAAUUAGAAGUUUCUCAAUACCAGAAGAUUCCGUUGCUAUGGAGUCUCAGAAAGUGGACUGUGUGGAUGUUGACAACGAGCCUGGAUCACCCACUGUUGAACUGGGAACCUGUACAGUAGCCAAUGAAAGAGCGCGCAAAAGAAGACCCAUCUCUGUCAUUGGUGGGAUCAGUUUCUAUGAGAACAACCAAACAGAAGAAAUAACAGACCUCCUUACACAACCAGUUGUGCGCCCUCCCGUGCCAGCACAUCAGGUCCCCCCUUAUAAAGCUGUCUCGGCCAGAUUCCGCCCUUUUACCUUUUCUCAAAGUACACCCAUCGGUCUGGAUAGAGUUGGAUGUAAGCGGCAAAUGAGAGCAUCCAAUGGUGCUGCAGAUGGUGGUAUUGAAUCUUCUGCCUUAGUGGAUGAUAAUGGUAGCGAGGAGGAUUACAGCUAUGAAGAACUCUGCCAAGCCACCCCUCGGUAUUUGCAGCCCGGAGGGGAGCAGCUAGCUAUCAACGAGCUGAUAAGCGAUGGGAGCAUGGUCUGUGCAGAGGCACUCUGGGAUCAUGUGACGAUGGACGAUCAGGAAUUGGCUUUCAAAGCUGGGGACGUCAUCCAAGUCCUUGAGGCUUCCAACAAGGAUUGGUGGUGGGGAAGAAAUGAGGACAAGGAAGCCUGGUUUCCAGCCAGCUUCAUCAGGCUGCGGGUCAAUCAGGAAGAACUUGCAGAAAAUGGUAGCAACCUCCAAGAUGAAGAACAAAAUGCAGACCCUGGGAAGCACCGCCCAAAAAUUGCUGAAAACAAGGAUCAGAUGAGAACCAACGUUAUUCAGGAAAUAAUGAAUACAGAGCGGAUCUAUAUCAAACAUCUCAAGGACAUCUGUGAGGGGUACAUUCGGCAGUGUCGUAAACAUACAGGAAUGUUCUCUGUGGCUCAGCUCAACACCAUAUUUGGAAACAUUGAAGACAUUUACAAAUUCCAAAGAAAGUUCUUGAAAGAUCUAGAGAAGCAGUACAACAAAGAAGAGCCUCACUUAAGUGAAAUAGGAUCCUGCUUUCUUCAGCAUCAAGAAGGCUUUGCUAUCUACUCUGAGUAUUGCAACAAUCAUCCUGGUGCCUGCAUUGAGCUGUCCAAUCUGAUGAAACAGGGCAAGUACCGCCACUUCUUUGAGGCUUGUCGCCUACUUCAGCAAAUGAUUGACAUUGCCAUUGAUGGUUUCCUUCUCACGCCUGUUCAGAAAAUCUGUAAAUACCCCUUGCAGCUUGCAGAAUUACUCAAAUACACCACUCAGGAUCACAGUGACUAUAACAGUAUAAAGGCAGCGUAUGAAGCCAUGAAGAAUGUAGCCUGCUUGAUCAAUGAACGCAAACGAAGGCUAGAAAGCAUAGACAAGAUUGCCCGCUGGCAAGUGUCCAUCGUCAACUGGGAGGGGCAAGACAUAUUAGGCAGAAGCUCAGAAUUAAUCCACUCAGGAGAACUAACCAAAAUCUCCAAGCAAGGAAAGACCCAGCAAAGGACUUUCUUUCUCUUUGACCACCAACUUGUCUUCUGCAAGAAAGAUCUCUUGAGAAGGGACAUGCUGUACUACAAGGGUCGGAUGGACAUGGACGAGGUGGAAGUGCUGGACGUUGAGGAUGGCAGAGACAAGGACUUCAAUAUCAAUGUCAAAAAUGCUUUCAAAAUUGUUAACAGGGCCACAGAAGAGGUCCAUCUGUUUUGUGGGAAAAAGCCAGGGGAUAAGAAGAAGUGGCUGGAGGCUUAUGCGAAUGAGAGGAGGCGAGUGCAAGAAGACAAAGAGAUGGGAAUGGAGAUCUCAGAAAAUCAAAAGAAACAAGCCAUGCAAAACGCACGCAAGUCAAGACAUGGAAAGAUGAAAGGUGUCAGCUAUAGUGGGUGCCCAGUGCCACCCCCUCACCAGAGUUUACAUCCUAUCCACCAGCGUCACAUCACAGUGCCCACUAGCAUUCCACAACAGCAGGUCUUUGCCCUGGCAGAACCGAAACGAAAGCCCUCGCUUUUCUGGCACACGUUUAACAAACUGACCCCAUUCAAGAAAUGAGUGGCUGAAGGUCCCUGGGCGAUAGAAGGCUGUGUGGUGAAGAAGAGCCACUUGCCAGCAAAGAAUGGAAAACUCUGGAUUCUGUUCUGGAGGGAAGGAGUCCAAAUCCUCCUAACCUGCGAUCAUAACCUUCUUUGAGGAGGAUGACAUGCCGGCGGUUUACUGGAGAAAGCUGUGGUGUGAUCUGAAGCAAACACUGGCCAGUGUCAAUAAAUGUUGCUGAUGAGAAACCCGCCACUUGGUCACAAGGGCAAAUGGCUCUACACUUAAAUAGUGGCAUAAGGUUUAUGUUGUACUUGUACCAAAGGAAUGUUAAAAUCUCUAGGUCAUUUUGCCUGUCUUAAUAAUGAAUUUAUGGCCAAACUUUAAAAUAGGAAGGAAAGUAUUUCCCACCACCACGCAGCAUGUUGGCAAAAAGAAGUGUCCUCUGUGAACACCAAGCAGGCGAGUGGAUCUCUUGCAAUCAGGCUUGCCGCUACUGCAAGAACUGCUGAGCCUCAAUCCUUCCUAUUUGUCUUUGUUUGCCGUCUUUUUCCUAUUAAUUUAACCCAAGUAGGAGUAGGACUUCUGCAAGGCCUUAGCACCUUCCUGGCAAAAAUGGGAGAAAAUAUUUCCUUGGUGACAAACAAACAAACAUGCAUUUUUACAUGCAGUUGCGAAUGAUGAAGGAAGAACCCGAUGUGUCUUGGGUUGAUUCUUACCAAAAGAGGUACUUUGCUGCAUGCAUUGAAUGCACUUCAAGAAACUGGUUUCAUUUUAUUUUGUUACCUGCAACUGUUUUAGCCUGUGAAAAUUGCCUCUGUGAUUUCCAGUAUGUCUGCUUUUUACGCUAUGAAAAGCUGAAGUGUUCUCUGUUCUUAAUGGCGCUAAUGCAACUAAACAAACAGGAAUUGCACAAAGUAACAGAAAUCCAAGAGACAAUUUACUUGAGAGGUUUUUGUCACGCUCUCCUGUAAAUUGGGUGGGGAAUCUGUGGUCCUCCAGCUUCCAUCAUCCCUGACCACUGUCCAUGCUGGCUGGGGCUCAUGGAAGUUGAAAGUCUUACAACAUUUAGAGGGCCACAGGAUCCCUCACCCCUGCCAUAAAUAUAUAAACAUUCCAUCUGGUUUGUGCAAUUCCUAGAAAGCCUUCAGAAGACUUCCAAAAUAGAGUUUGAUUUCGUUAUUCUUGUCUAUAUCAGUCAAGCAAGAGCGUUCUUUAGGGAUUGUUUCUUCGCAGUCCCAAUGAUCCUACACUGGGGAUCACCUGGUGACAUCAGAAAUGACCUUUAAUUAAAACUCAAUUGAAUUGUGGCCUAUUUAUGGAAUAUUAAAAUAUUUCCUUGUUUUAUUUGCUCCAUUCUGUUCUAUGAAAAUGAAACUGUUUUUAAUUUAGUGUUAACAGUAUAUUCUACCCUGAGAAACUGGUCAUAAAUUAAUGUUUAUGGCACACACUACUAUGUUCCCCUCUCAUUGGUCAUAUAUUAAUACUUAGGGCAAUGUUGCAUUAUCAACAGGAUAAAAUGGGACAACAGGCUCCAUUUCAAAACUGGUUGCCAAAAGAUACACAGAUUGCAUCCAACUGCCUUCCCCUGAGCUUUAAUUGAAUCAGGGUCACCUGGGAAGGCUGCAGCAUGCAGACCAUUGGUGAGAUGAUUUCAAGAAUAAAAGUUAUGCUAAUAACCAGGAAUGUUCUCUUAUAAUAAAGGUAGAUUCAGGAUUUUUUUUAACUGUGAAGACAACUUACUUCCCCCUCCCUUUUUUGGUUAAUAUGUUAAACUAUAUGAAGGACAAUGGGCUACAGCCAAACUUCUUAAUCACAUGGUGAAAUAUAAAAGAAGACUUUGGUUACAAUCCUAAACAUCUUUACUAGAAAAUAAAUCACAUUGAAAUCACUGGGAUUUACAUCUGAGUAGAUGUGGGCUCUUCAUUCAUUCUCUCUCUCCCUCUCCCCCCCCCCACACACACUCACUAACACGCAGAGGAUAGACUCCAGCCAAAGUGCAACACCUUUAAACCCCAUUGAUUUCAGUGGGAAUGUUUAAAACUUACUCACUGAACUCAGCAAGACUAAAAGGUUGAGAAGUUUGGCAUGAUGUGUAUUGUUUUUUAAAAAGUUAUUAACUCGAGUGGCAGCUUCUACAACAGACAAGAAAAGCCUUAUCUGUUAGGAUACAAAUGCUUACAGAUGACCCAUCUUCAUAGAUGUGUUGUCCAGUGAAUUAGAUCUGUUAAAAUUAGUGCUGUGCUGAAAACUGUCCUCUAGUUUCUUUAAACAAUUCUUCCCUUAUGGAAGAGCCUUCCAUUUUUCUGCCUCACUCUUGGGGCACUUUAGAAUUUGUGUGUUUUUGAGCUGAUCUUAUUGUAGCAAACUGGUUGAGGGUAGUGGGCAUUUUUCAGUAAAAUAUUUAUCCAGUGCUCUCCAGCCUCCCCAGCUGCCUGCACUUUGUAACCUGAAAGAGUCCCAUGAGAGGAGUUUGCUUGUGAAUUCUUCCCCUGGGUUUUAAUUGAAGUAUGGGCACAUUGGAAGGCUGCAGAGUGUAGAUAAUUAGUGAGACGAUUAGAAGAAUUAAAGAAAACACAAACACCCUUCGGUCACCUCAAAAGUGAGGUAAGCACAACAAAACCUCUGCAACCCUUGCCACCCCAAUAAUUUCACCAUAUAUUUUCGCUCUUCUUCAGUGAUAAUUUUUGAAUGUAAUUUCUUUUCUCAUUAAUUGAUGGAGAACUGUUGAUGGAGAGCCGCCCUGGGUUCCUUCUGGGAGGAAGGGCGGGAUAUAAAUCUCAUAAACAAAUAAAUAAUAAACUGUUAGGAGGAAACAAAGGCUUUUUGGCACAGUUCUCGUUAAGCUAAGUUCUUGCACCUGCAUUUUUCAUGUUCUUGAAAAUGAUCUUUUACUAACAAACAUUUGUAAAUGGAAGUGGUAGCUUUUAAAAGCAGACAUAUUAGAUACGCCUUCUGUACAUUGCUGAGCAAUGAUGAAAAAGAUGCUGGUGCUAAAAUGGAUUGCCCAGCAGGCUGUCAACUUUGUUGCUUGCUUUUCAAUUAUAUAUUUUUCAAAUAUCAUAGUUGAGAACUAGAUAUAUAGAAUUACGUAUGGAGUGGCAUUUUGCUUGCAGCAGUUACUUAGUUGUUAAAAGCAUUUUUAAAAAUAAUUUCAAUGGAGACAAAGGUAACUGCCCUGAUAAGCCAUCUGAUUUGUACAGUUUAAUUCAAAAGCUGAUUUUUGAAGGUACAGACCUCACCUCACCUUUCUCCACUCGCACUCAAAAAAUGUGCCCCAAAAUUAUUUUUAACAGGGACAUGCAACAAAAAGUUGCAAUGAAUUCGCAUAUUGUGUUUGGAGGGUGCCAGCCAGCUAGCCAUGCAGCAAGGCCUUUCAUUCCCAACCCCGCCCCAGUCCAUUUUUCUUUUCCAACGGACAGUCUGGGGUAUUUUUUGGGGGGUGGGGACUGUCCUCUUAGGUUUGUGGGUUUUUAAUAGAUUUUUUUGUACUUCUCCCAACCCCAGAGUUUCCCCAAGCACGCCGAAGUGACAGGAGUCUGCCACCAUGGCCUGUGCUAGUGUCGAUUACACUUUUAAAACCUUUUAACGUUUAUCAUUAUACAACCCUAAACUUGAGAGGCUUCAAGGCAGGACAGACCCAUCCUCCUGGCUGUGCCUGCUUCAGUCUAGGUGCCAAUGCCAUGAUAACAAAGAGUUUGUGCAAGGCAUGCUAGUCCUAUGUAACUGACUGGCUGUUGUUCAAAGCUGCAGUUCUUUACCCUGUGGGUACAGAUAGCAGGGUAUGGAAUGAUGCCCACUGAGGUCUAUUCUGCUUGGGGAUGUGCUACGGCUACUAUGCUGUGGACUUCCUGCUAGAACCAGGCGAUUUGCAUCAGUAGGAGGCCCUCCCAUUCUUCUGUCACUUCUCCCCCUCCAGUUCCUCUCCUGAUCCAUAGAACAUAAAAAACCCUUGCUGGAUCAGGUCUAAGGCCUAUCUUGUCCAGCAUCCUGCUUUCCACAGUGGCCAACCAGAUGCCCAUGGGAAGCCCACCAAUGGGAAGCUCACAAGCAGGUCGAGUGCAAUAGCACUCUGAUCCCUAGCAACUGGUAUUCAGAGGCAUACUGCCUCUGAUGGAGAUAAUGCAGCCAUAGUGACUAGUAGCCAUUGAUAGCCUUAUCCUCCAUGGAUCUCUGUAAUCCCUUGUGACAGAAUGAAGAAGUACUUCCUCUUGUCUGUCCUGAAUCAUUUUGCUACAUUGGAUGACCCUGGCUUCUAGUACAGCAGAGGACAGAAACCAAAGAGAUGCUCCAGAUUUUCCUAGAUAAGUUUGGCCCUCCCAUUGACGGAAAUUGCCUGGCUGAGGAGUGUACCUCUAAGUAUGACAGCUUGAUAGAUACGAGGAUUAGAAUGGAUCCCUGUGGCUCACCAUUUGCGCCUUGAUAUAUGCAGGAUUGCGCCCAGGGAACACUGCAGUGUUAGCACAGGAAUGGAGCAAAAAAGGUUUUGGAUUUCUUUGUAGAUGCACUGAUAUUAUUUUUUCAGGAUAUUCUCAAAUGUUACAAAGGGGGGAUUUUAAAAAUCAUCAAGGUUACUCAGGAACAAUGUUAUGCACCAUACCUUGCACACAAAACUGCUUCAUUUAAUGAAUUUCUUCACUUUGGGGGGGGCAGCCUUUUUGUUUUGCACAAGGAAGGUGGUGGCUGCAGCAUAUUCAGAGUGUGAGGCUAUCUUAAUGGCAAUAAUUUGUUUAGAAUGUUCUGAUUUUGGAAAAUCUGAAGGCUGGAAAAAUCAAUCCGAUUUAGAUCUUGUGAUAGAUGCUCUGAAAUUACCCUGGAAAUUCAAUAUAAUUGUGCAGCUCAAAUCCAAAGAGCGAUUUCAGACUAGUUCAAGGGCUUGUCUCACACCGUGGGAUUUUUUUUUACUAUUUUUUUUCUCUUCACCAAAAACUCAUUAUCACAAAGUAUUUUUACAACUCUUCAGUUUCAAAAGUUGUUUGCUAAUUGCACCCUAGUGGGCUGCUGUUACAGAAACCCAAGACCAAAACACCUUUCAGGCAUGCAGAAUUGAUUGAGUAGCUCUUUAGGUUUGGGGGGGACACACCUGUAGCUCUCCAAAUGUUGCUGGACUUCCCUCUCCUGUCAUCCCUUGACCAUUGGCCAUGGUAGCAGAGGCUGAUGAGACUUGGAAGUCUGGAGGGCCACUGGUUCCCCAUCCCUGCUUUAGUUGCUGGCUCAGGUUUGUGGGGAAAUCAGCUAUAUAUUUAAGAAUAUUGCGUCUGCAGCUCACCAUAAGCUUACCUUGAGCCACAUCAAGUUAAUAUCCUUUUGAAUAAUAUAGCUGACUUUAAAUUUGCAUAUCAGUGCACAUAUUUUCCCUCCCCCCACAAAUUCCAAAUGUUAAUUUCUACAACUCUUGUAUAGUUUUAAUUUAUUUUGUCAUGUUCUAAUACGACCACUGAGUACAAAGGUGCCUCACAAUUCUAAAGCACAGCUUAGGAAGAGACUUUGUGCAAAAGACUCUCAGCCUUUACAUUUGAAAGGCAGAAAAGCACAGUUGCCCAUGUUUCUGUUGGACAAAGCUAGCUCCAGACUUGUAACUCUCUAGCUUGCUACUAGCAUCUUAUCAUUUUGCAAAUAAUCUAGUUUUAACAGUGGCUUGCAUUUCAAUAUACAAACGUGAAGGAGCUUAACUGAACAAUUUCACAUUUUGUCAUGUGGGGCAUUCUUUUGUUGUUUUUUAAAGAUGUAUUUUAGAUUUUAGCUUGGAGUUUGAGCCAAAGGACCUUAGCCAUAAUAAAGUGGUAUAUAUUUUUGUCAACUGCCUCUUCUCACUGUGUAUGGCAUUUGCACACGUAAGACGCCUUCCAAAUGAGUCUGUGAUUUAAAAUUAUUGGUAACUAUUAGGGCUGCUUGUUUAACUUACCUGUGUAUUUUAUUUGAACAAGUGUUCUAUAACAUUUUCCCCUUCUGUAUAUGUUUUUAUGCAUCUUAACAUCUGUGCGCUGCUACGUAUGUUUCAAGCCAGGGAUCCUGGCCUCAGAAAAAAAACUUGGCUGUUGACAGCUAAAGGAUAAUGUAUAGGAUCCCUUUACCUUCACAUGUAUUUGCUGUGAAGUAAUGCCAGAUUUAUUUGUAUCCAAUAUGCUUGUUUUAUAUCUUUCACAAAAAUAUUUUCUGGGAAUGAAUCUACAAAUGUACUUUCCAUUUACAUGGCUCUAACUCCACAUGUUUUGAUUCAGAAUGUGCAUAAUUUAAUAUUUCUCAGCUGUGUCAUAUAAUGUCACUGUACAGUUUCAAUGUUUGUGACUUUUUUCAUAGUGUAUAAAAUCUUGUAUGUGAGCUUUAAAUAUUUGGACAUUUAUCUGACAGCAAAAACAUCACUUUGUUGUUUGAGUGUGAGCUUUGCAAACUCAGGUCAGUUUUUUAAACAUCUAGUUAACAUUUAGGUUUCUUAACUUCCCCUUUUAUUUUGUUUAUUAUUCCAUUUUUAUUCUACCUUUCCCCCAAGGAGCUCAAAGUGGCAUAUAAGCCUCUUCACCCUCUUUCUAUUUCAUCCUCACAACAACAAGGUGAGGGAGGUUAGACUAAGAAGAAUGUGAAUGGCCUAUGGUUAUCCAGUGGUCUUCAUCACAGUGGAGAUUUGAACCUGGGCUCCAAGGUCCUAUCCCAAUGCUCUUAACCAUUAUACCACACUUCCACUUAACAAUGCUGAAACACAUCACCUGCCAUUUCAAAUUCCAAUUGCUUGGCAGGCCUAUAAACCAGGUCCACAAUGUGUUAGGGAUGUACUUCUAAUCUUUGGCUGAAAACAGCCUCUGUCAAACUGGUGAUCUCAAAGUGUUUUUUGACUCUUGAGAGGUGUUCUGGCUGGAUCUGAUGAGAGUCAAUAGUCCAAUACAGGUAGAGCAGUGGUUCCCAAACCUUUCACCCUCAGACCACUUGAAAAUUGCUGAGGGUCUUGGUGGACCACUUAAUGUAUUUUCUGCCUGUUGUAAUCCCAUCAGGUUCAAAUUGCAAUACAAUAAAAUACGAUCUAAGAAAUAAAAGAAGCAAUAAAAAUACAAUUAAAAUCA